AGUUAAUUGUUUCAUUUUUUAAUUUCUGCAGUUUAUUUUACUUUCCAAUCAAUAAACCCUUCGAAUUAUAUCCAAAUGGUUCAUCGAAUCAGUAAAGAAAUCAGAAAAUUGGUGGUCAAGUCUCGAGAAGAUGGAAUGUCCUUCAAAAACAUUGGCCUUCGCUUCAAUUUAUCCGUGGCAACCUGUGCAGGAAUUUAUCGUCGACACAAAUGUGUGAAUAUGGAUAUCAAAAGUGAAGAUGAUUCAGACGCUCAAUCCUCAAGCUCACCUGUUAAAAAGCGUGAAUCUGAUGAGGAUGAAGAGCAAGAAGAUGAAGAGGAAUAUGUUGUCGAAAAGAUUAUUGAGAAGAGAAAACGAGGUGGUAAAACGGAAUAUUACAUCAAGUGGAAAGAUUGGCCUGAUGAUGAUAACACUUGGGAACCUGAGGAACAUUUAUCGUGUCCUGAUCUGGUCAAAGAAUUUGAGGAGCAGCUCAAAUUGAAGAAAGAGAGAAAACUGGCCAAAGCAAAGGAGAAAGAACGGGAAAGAGCCGAGAAGUACAAGGCCAGAGAAAAAGAACGUGAAAGAGAACGUGAAAGGGAAAAAAGUAAAGAAUCAGAUAAAUUCAAAGAAGGUGAUAAACCUCGAGACAAAGAAAAAUCCCAUGAUAAAGAUAAGGAAAGAUUCAGAGAAAAGUCUAAAGACAGAGAGAGGCAAAAGAAUCGGGACCGUGGCGAUGACGACAAACCGAAUCGUAAGAGAAAAGCUCAAGUCAUUGAUUCGUCUUCAGGGACACCGUCGCCUGCUCUUGUGGAGAACGAGAGCAGCUCAAGUAGAUUCUUCCCUUCAGAUGAUGAGAUCAGCUCAGACAAUGAAGGAACAACUGAGCUCGAGAAGCGCCUGAGAACAUUGACCAGUAAAAGUUCAGCGAGAACCAAUGAAAUGAAAAACGAAAGUGAUGACGAUGUAGUGGAAGAGGAAAAUGAGGAAGAAGAUGAAAUCACAGGUUUCGAUCGAGGACUUGAGCCCAAGAAGAUUGUCGGUGCCAUUCGAAUCGAAGACAAGUUAAUGUUCCUCAUCAAAUGGGAAUCGUGUAAAAAGUGUGACCUUAUCCUCGCCGAAGAAGCCAACAACAGAUGUCCACAAGUGGUCAUCAGUUACUACGAGAAAAGACUCAAGUGGGUACCCGAUUUUAACAGUGAUCUUUGUGAUUGAUCUUAUCGAUUAAUCUUUUCUUUUGUAAAGCAAAUUCACCUCUAUUAUUCCAUCAAAUUCAAGUCAUUAAAGAUUGAUAAUUUCAUAUUCAACAAAUUUUAA